AAAGAGUAAUGUAAUAACUCGUUAGAGAUAGAGAUUGCUUUUUGAAAAGACCACGAACUAACACUUUAGUGUUUAAUAUAACUUUGCCACGGACUUGGAGCGAAGUGGAGAACAACUGUACAAGUUUUUAAGCAUCAUUGUAGCGAAAUCCGACUAGAGAUAGAGAUUGCUUUUUGAAAAGACCACGAACUAACACUAGUGUUUAAUAUAACUUUGCCACGGACUUGGAGCGAAGCGGAGAACAACUGUGCAAGUUUUUAAGCAUCAUUGUAGCGAAAUCCGACUUGUGUAAUAUUAGCAGAAUUGUGGUAAACCAAAUACUUUGACACAAAUAAAAGAGGAAGCAAAAGCAUGUAAUAUUUGGGAACCAACUGUAUCAAACUUCUUCGGAGAGAAUUUAACUUCUAAUGACUUUAUUUUUGGGAGUUCUGAAUGAAAAUGGGAGAAAUUAAUAAAAACUCUGAAUGGGAUAGUUCUAAAAGACUUCGUGAACCUGUAAAAACAUUAGAGGAUAAAUGGAGACUGGUACCUUCUUUUUUGCAAGUAAAAGGAUUAGUUAAACAACACAUAGAUUCAUUUAAUUAUUUCAUCAAUGUGGAAAUAAAGAAGAUUGUUCAAGCAAAUGAAAAAGUUUUUUGUGAUGCUGAUCCUUUAUUUUAUAUAAAAUACUUAAAUGCUUAUGUUGGUACUCCAGAUCUUGAAGAAGGUUAUAAUGUAACUAAACCAACAACGCCACAUGAAUGUCGGCUCAGAGACAUGACAUACUCUGCUCCCAUUACUGUUGAUAUUGAAUACAUUCGGGGGAAUCAGAGGGUCAUUAAAAAUAAACAGCUAAUUGGAAGAAUGCCCCUAAUGCUGAGGUCCUCGAAUUGUGUGUUAACUAAUAAAUCAGACUUUGAGUUGGCACAAUUAAAUGAAUGCCCGCAUGAUCCUGGUGGUUAUUUUAUCAUAAGAGGUCAAGAGAAAGUAAUAUUAAUUCAAGAACAGCAGUCGAGAAAUAGAAUGAUAGUGGAUGAAUUCAAAGGUGCAAUUCAAUGUCAAGUAACAAGUUCCACACAUGAGAAAAAAACUAGAACAAAUGUGAUUGUCAAGAAUGGAAAAUAUGUUUUGCGGCACAAUGCUUUGUCUGAUGAUAUUCCAAUAGCUGUUGCAUUUAAAGCUAUGGGUAUUUGCAGUGACCAAGAAAUAAUGCAGUUAAUAGGGACGGAUGAUGCAACAAUGAAGAAAAUGAGUCCAUGCCUUAUGGAUUGUCAUAAUAUGAAAAUAUUCACACAAAACCAAGCCUUGACUUAUAUGGGAAGUAAAUUAAAAGUCAAAAGAUAUCAAGCUGGAAAUUCUCGCACACCUGUUGAUGAAGCCAGAGACCUUUUGGCUACCACUAUAUUAGCUCAUGUGGCGGUAGAAAACUUUAAUUUCUAUGUAAAAGCUAUUUAUUUGGCAAUCAUGGUAAGAAGGGUCAUUGAUGCAGAAAGUAAUAAAGCUGCUAUUGAUGAUCCCGACUACUAUGGCAACAAAAGGCUAGAGUUAGCUGGUUCAUUACUAGCCCUCAUGUUUGAAGAUUUAUUUAAAAGAUUUAAUUGGGAAUUAAAAACAACUGCAGACAAAAUAAUACCAAAAGUUAAAGCAGCACCAUUUGAUGUGGUAAAACACAUGCGCCCAGAUCUGAUAGCUAAUGGACUAUUUGCAGCGAUUUCCACUGGUAAUUGGACUAUAAAACGAUUUAAAAUGGAAAGGCAUGGCGUCACCCAAGUUCUCAGUCGCUUAAGUUACAUAUCGGCCUUAGGAAUGAUGACGAGAGUUAAUUCUCAAUUUGAAAAAACUAGGAAGGUAUCGGGGCCACGUUCUCUACAGCCUUCUCAGUGGGGUAUGCUAUGCCCUUCCGAUACCCCAGAAGGAGAGAGCUGCGGAUUAGUUAAAAAUUUAGCUCUAAUGACUCAUAUUACAACUGAAUGUUCUGAGGAGCCGAUUGCAAAGCUAGCUUGGAAUUCGGGUGUAGAAGACGUCAAAAUAUUAGGUGGUGAAGAGAUCAAUCAUCCAGCUGUAUAUAUGGUCUUUCUCAAUGGUAACAUAUUAGGUGUGACAAGACAAUUUAAAAAACUUAUAAGGAUAUUCAGAAUGUUUAGGAGACGUGGUCUUAUAUCAGCAUUUGUGUCCAUUUAUCCAAAUCACAAUCAGCGUACUGUAUACAUUUGUAGCGAUGGAGGUCGGUUAUGUCGACCAUAUAUUAUUGUUGAAAAAGGUCAGCCACUGGUUCAACAAGCGCACUUAACUGAACUGGAUAGAGGCAUUAGAAAAUUCCAAGACUUUCUUAAAGAUGGCCUAAUUGAAUAUCUAGAUGUAAAUGAAGAGAACGACAGUCAUAUUGCUACAGUGGAAGCAGACAUAGAUCCAUAUGUGUCAACACAUCUUGAAAUAGAGCCAUUUACAAUUUUGGGAGUCUGUGCUGGCCUUGUCCCUUACCCGCAUCAUAAUCAAAGUCCAAGGAAUACAUACCAAUGUGCUAUGGGUAAACAAGCAAUGGGAACAAUUGGUUAUAAUCAGAAAAAUAGGAUAGAUACACUGAUGUAUAAUUUAGUGUAUCCUCAAUGUCCGAUGGUUAAAACCAGAACUAUAGAGUUGACGAAUUUUGAUAAACUACCCGCCGGACAGAAUGCAACUGUCGCCGUCAUGAGUUACAGUGGUUACGAUAUAGAAGACGCGUUGAUUUUGAACAGGGCUUCCAUAGACCGUGGCUACGGAAGGUGCCUUGUAUAUAAAAGUUCCAAAACUACCAUGAAAAGGUACAGCAAUCAAACCUCAGACCGUAUAUUAGGUCCUUCGAGAGAUGCCAAUACAGGAAAAGUUAUAAGAGCCCAUGAAAUCCUAGAUUCUGAUGGAAUAGCCGCACCAGGAGAAAUGGUUGAAAACAGACAAGUCUUAAUAAAUAAACAAAUGCCGCCUGCUACUCUCAAUCCUGUAGCUCAAGGGCAACCACAGCAGGUAGAUUACAAAGACGUUCCCAUCACAUACAAAGGUCCAGUUGAAUCGUAUAUUGAAAAGGUUAUGGUUUCAUCAAAUGCAGAAGAUGCUUUCCUUAUUAAAAUUUUGUUGAGGCAGACUAGAAUUCCAGAAAUUGGUGACAAAUUCAGUUCUCGGCAUGGACAGAAAGGUGUAACUGGAUUGAUAGUGCAGCAAGAAGAUAUGCCGUUCAAUGACGGGGGCAUUUGCCCUGAUAUGAUUAUGAACCCUCAUGGAUUCCCAUCUAGAAUGACAGUGGGCAAAACAAUAGAGUUGCUCGCAGGCAAGGCAGGUCUUAUGGAAGGGAAAUUUCAUUAUGGUACUGCAUUUGGAGGAUCUAAAGUGAAAGAUGUCUGUAAUGAGUUAGAAAAACAUGGAUACAAUUACCAUGGAAAAGACAUAUUUUACUCAGGUUUAACAGGCGAGCCACUGGAAGCUUAUAUUUAUUCAGGACCGGUGUACUACCAAAAGCUGAAGCACAUGGUCCAAGACAAAAUGCACGCGCGUGCUCGCGGUCCACGUGCCGUGUUGACCCGUCAGCCGACAGAAGGAAGAUCUCGCGACGGUGGACUUCGUCUCGGUGAGAUGGAACGCGAUUGCCUAAUUGGCUACGGGGCAAGCAUGUUAUUGAUGGAGCGUCUGAUGUUAGCAUCGGACGCGUUCAGUGCUGAUAUUUGUGGCGCGUGCGGUCGACUGGCUAGUCGCGCGUGGUGUCAUGCUUGCCGCUCCUCUGCUGCCGUCUCCACCGUAGAAAUGCCGUAUGCGUGCAAGCUACUCUUCCAAGAAUUAGCUUCUAUGAAUAUCGUGCCUAAGCUCACUCUCAAGAAAUAUUGUUGAUGCUAUUUUUUAUGUUUGUAAAGUUGCAAACUAUUAAAAAGGAAUAAGUAAAAUAUCGUUG